AUGCAGGGUNACCCCCGACUGGGGAUUCACGAUUUGGUCAUCACGAAUGUGACUCAUGAGGAUGCAGGCACUUACGAAUGUCAAGUAUCCCCGGUCGCCGGUCAAUCGCCAUUGAGACGACAGACAACAUUAUCCAUCCUGGUGAAACCAUCCCAACCUGUGAUCGUCGCUCCAUCUGGUGAGCCACAACCCGCUCCAAAUGGUCGAAUCACCGUCCCUCUCCGACAAUCUAUCCCCGGUGAACAAAACCUGUUACGCUUGUCUUGCCAAUCCCACGGAGGUAGUCCGCCUCCCACAUUCGAAUGGUUUCACAAUGGACUUAUGGUGAACACAAGCACGAGCACCACAUCCGACGACGAGUAUCGGACAGCAAGAAUCGACAAGGUGGACAGUGAUUUCACAUAUCAUAAACCGGGAGUAGAAUAUCAUUCAGCCGAAUUGGUUUUGGACAAAGAACAGUUGCAUACCGGGGACCGCUUGGUCUGUCUGAUCAGCAACAAGGCCACAUUACGCUCGAAAAAACUGUCACAGCAAAAGCUUCGAGCUGAACUCUAUGUGGUCAUACACUCUCCACCCGGAAAUCCCGAAAUCAUUGAUUGGUCUUUCAAAUCUAACGCCUCGCAAAUACUCAACGUGGGCACACCUUUAGAAGCCACUUGUCGGUCAAGCCCUGCAGGAAACCCCCCGGGAGAACUAGUCUGGCGAUGGGAAUCCUCGACCGGAUCACAGUCCGCUGACACUAGUGAUGAGGUCGGAUCCACUCUGAGGCCCAACACUGUGGAUCGUGUAUCCUCGGCGAUCACACCGAUUUCGACCGAGUAUGCAGUGCAACAAUUUGUGGACGAGAAGCUUCUAAGCAAGGUACGAAUACCUCAUGUGAACGCUUCACAACACGGAAUGGAUCUUGUAUGCGCGGUCAAGCAUCAAAUUGGUCCCGAGAAAAGUGCUCGAAUCCCCGUUUUGGUGCGCUACGGUCUCGACUACCAUUCCGAGGUGCAGAAAGGAUCGAUGUGUAUCGUGACAAAUUCCGAUAUCUAUCAUGCCAUGAUGAAUAUGUGA